AUGGAAAAUCAUAAAGAUAUGCAUGAACACGUACAAAAUGUCAGCAACGACAGCACCAACAACAACUUUGUGUCACACCACACAGAGAACACACUCACAAACACUAACAGCACUUACAUUAACGCUUAUCCAGCAGCACCGCCACCUACACCACAUUGUAUUUGUAGCAUCGCAACAGCCCCAUCAACACCCCAAGCAACCGCCCCCGAAACAGCAGCAACCAAUACCACCUCAAUCACCACCACCACCACCGCUAACGCCAACUCCACCCCCAAUACAAAAGCUAAAGAGAACGAGGCUAAAGGUCUUCUACCCCACAAUUCCCAUAUCAAUCAAUUGCAAAUAAAUUACUUUCAAUUCCCACCGAAAGCUUUGCUGUUGGACGAUUCUGUAACGGUAACAUCACUAUCAGCCCCCUCGCUGGCCACAACAACAGCAGUAGCAUUAGCAGCGGCAAGUAGCGCCUGGCCAUCGUCUAGUAACGAGUCCCCAACAUCUGCCAUUGGCGCAACAGGCUGUACAUCUGCUAAUAACUCACCGAAAACAACAACAACAGCAACACCAGUUAUUGCAACCAGCAACAUGGGUCGUCGAGAGAUUAAACGCUCCAAUACAAGCAGCUCCACCACCAAAUCAUAUGAUAGUGGUAGUGAUUUGGUUCAACGCAUUGCAAUGGUCCUAGGCUAA